GAGUCAUGGCCUCUGUUUCCCUUGCUAUACAAGAUCAGCAUGACAUUGCGUUUCUGUCGACAGAAAUCCCACGAACGGUCAAUCUUCCGUUGUGCGCAGGGUAGCGAAUCACCUGUAGAAAGAAAGGACGCACUGUAUCCGUACCUCGAUAUGAAGCGUAGGACUUGCCUUAAACCGAACCAGGAGGCUCUUUGAGUGGGGCAGCCUCACAAACGCCGAACAGCAGCAGCAACAGCAGCAGCAACAGCAACAAAAAACAACGGUCCGACGGCAUUCACGCCAAAGCUCCCCCGUCUCCACGAGAUAGCCAACCAGCCAUCCAUCAAACACACCCGCGCCAGGGAAAAAGAUGGGGAACCUCUGCAGCAGCGAGCGAGACCCGUUCUCGCAGCCCGGGCGACCACUCGGCACGACCCCGACCACGCCCGCCUCCGCCUCCGUCCCCGCCUCCGCCAGAUCGCCCCGGACGGUGGGCGGCCCACCAAGGACACUCGGCGGCGGUCCCGGUCCCGGUCCAACGUCCCCCGGCCGGGACGCCGACGACCCUAGGGCACGCGCCGCCGCCGCCGCCGAGGCACGCCUCCAGGAGAGCCAGAAACGCAAGGGCAAGCUCCAGGCCCAGCUGGACAAGCAGCGCCGCAUGACGGACCCCAAGGUGCUUCAGGAGGCGAGCAAGACCGAGCGCGGCCAGCGGGCUCUCGAUGAGAGCGUCGAUGCCCUGGCCCAUUCAUAGUUUGGCCCGAGGUUCAUUGGCUUGGGGGGCGGCGGCGGCGGGGUAUUGCAGAGCUAGCGGCGCCGGUCGGCCGUGGAGUCGGCUAGAGAAGGAGAAGAAGAAGAACAGGGGAGAGGAGACGGGUGUGCUUCAUGAAUGUUGUGCCCAUUUGUUUGACUUUGCCCAUCUUCAGGUUGAAUUGAUUGGUUCUGAAGGAG